GCCCUGGAGGCCGUCAGGAUCCAGCUCAAUGGGCAAGCCCCCUCUCUUGACCAGCAGGCACAGUCCGCUAUUCAGCCGUCGCUCGACGAGACCGGUGAAAGUUUUCCUAAGCAGUUCGAUGUCCAUGCUGCGCGCGUGGACGAGCAUGACGAGAGGAUGGACAAACAUGACGAGAAGCUGCAGGUCUUGCAGGGUGAGCUGGCUGAGUUCAAGAAGUUGCUCGCGGUCGCUGAGGAGAGGCCCGUGGUCCCCAUCGCGGUGCCGUCGGGCUUCUCCCGCGACCCUGACCACACGCUCGCGGUGGUCAUGUCGCAGGUGCCGACCACCCUCGCCGCGGUCAAGGAGUCUUUGGACGAAUGGUUGCUGUCCUUGGCGUUCAAACCAGAGGACUACAAGAUCGAGGCGGCUGGGCCCUUGCCUAGCCGCCGCUUCCUCAUCAAGUUAGGCGGGCCCGUUGCGCCCGCGACGCGGAAGGUGCAGAUGGUGCUCUCCAAGCUUCGCGACCCGAAGCAGGUCAAGCAAGAGAUCACGCUGCGCAAGUGCAAGGAUGCCCUCCAGGAGUUGCGCGGCGCGGGCUCCAGGAUCCUCCUGGACCGUGAGAGGGGGGUGCUGUCCAUCGGAUGGGACAAAGCGCUGCGGGUCGAGGUCUUCAACGGCGAGUCUCCUCCGAAGCUGCGGUGGGUCGUCGAAGGUCUGCAGAAGCAUCGGAUCUCGAAGGCGCAGGCCGUCGCAGCGACGCAGGCUAGCCUGGAGAAGAACUACCUCGCGCGGCGGCGGCCGCACCACACGAUCGCGUCGUUGCAGGAGGUCCACCAGGACGAGCUCCAGCUGCGCGCGUUCAUUAACCAGACCUACCCCGUGUCCGCUCUGAUGACCGGCUUCGUUGGCGCGGAAAG